CACACCAUCCGACCGCGACAAUUAUCCACCGAUAGCCUCUUGACGUCGAGUCACACACAUCGAAUUCCAUCUGAAUCGCCAGAAGCCACGAUCUUGAAGGCCACUACUCGAGAACAUUCACUCCGCACCAGUGACCGCGAGCCAGCAGUCGAAACUUCGGUGACGAACGCUGCACGCGCGACCACCUCUCUCUUCAUCUCAUCAUGGAAUCCUUCGACGACAUCUACCUCGAUCUCUCCAAGCAGCCCGGCAAGUGCAGACUCGCAGAGUCAGGUCUGGGCUGGAAACCUGUCGGUGGCAAUUCCUUCACAGUAGACAAGGCGGAGCUCCAGAGCGCACAGUUCAGCCGAGCAGCACGUGGAUAUGAGCUGAAGAUCUAUGCGCGCACGCUCGGCGUGGUGCAACUGGACGGCUUCAAGCAGGAUGACUUUGAGACGAUUCAAAAAUGCUUCAAGGUCUGGUAUGGCGUACCGUUCGAGCAAAAGGAGCAUGCUCUUCGUGGCUGGAAUUGGGGCAAGAACGAGAUGGGCCGGAAUGAACUCACCUUCAACGUGCGCAACCAGCCUGCAUUCGAAAUUCCAUACACGGAAAUCUCCAAUACCAAUCUGGCGGGCAAGAACGAGGUCGCGGUCGAAUUCUCCCUUCCAGCGGACGGCGAUGAGACAGGCACAAACGGUAGUCUGGGUGGCGCAAGAGCAAAGGGACGGAAGAUGGGCGGUGCAACGGAUCAAUUGACGGAAGUGCGAUUUUACAUCCCCGGCACCGAGAAGAAGGCGAAGAACAGCGAGGAGGGAGACGAUGCAGAGGACGACGAUGAGGAGGAGCACAACGCUGCCGGACUCUUCUACGACACCCUCAUGAGCAAGGCCGAGAUUGGAGAAGUCGCGGGAGACACAUACGCCACCUUCCAGGAGAUUCUGCAUCUCACACCUCGUGGACGUUUCGACAUUGACAUGUACGAGAGCUCUUUCAGGCUGCGCGGAAAGACGUACGACUACAAGAUUUCCUACGAGCACGCGAAGCGCUUCUUCCUCCUCCCUAAGCCGGAUGACAUGCAUCAGCUCCUGGUCGUCGGAUUGGACCCACCUCUUCGACAAGGCCAGACUCGUUACCCGUUCCUGGUGAUGCAAUUCAAGAGGGAAGAGGAGGUGCAGAUCGAGCUCAACAUGACCGACGAAUUACUUCAGACCAAAUAUGCAGGCAAGCUCCAAGCUAAGUACGAGGAGCCCAUAGGACGGGUUGUCUCGAAGAUUUUCCACGGACUUACCGGCAAGCGUCUACUCCAACCCUCACCCGACUUCGUCAGCCAUCACCAACAGAGCGGCGUCAAGUGCAGCAUCAAAGCCAACGAGGGCCACCUCUUCUGCCUGGAAAAGGCCUUCCUCUUUGUGCCGAAGCCAGCCACAUACAUUCAGUUCGAUCAAAUCACAUCCGUCACUAUGAGUCGAGUAGGAGGAGCUGUUAGUGCCAGCCGAACCUUUGACAUCACCGUGACAAUGCGAAGUGGCGAGCACCAAUUCUCCAACAUCAACCGCGAGGAACAAGCGCCGCUGGAGAAUUUCUUCAAGAUCAAGAACAUCAAGACCAAGAACGAAAUGGACGGCGACACGUCCAUGCUCGUCGCGGCGAUGAACGACCCCGAUCUCGUUAGCAGUGAUGAUGAGGAGGUCGUGGCCAAGGAUCGUGGCAGUGCGGACGAGGACGACGAGAGUGUGGACGAGGACUUCCAGGCUGACUCGGACUCGGAUCCGGCGGAGGAGUAUGACAGUGAUGCGAAGAGCUCGGGCGAUAGCGACGCCGAGAUGGACGACGCGGAUGGUGGUGGCAGCGAUAGCGAUACGGCGGCCAAGGUCGAGCCGCCGAAGAAGAAGGCGAAGAAGGCGUGA